AUGAUUGCUCCCUUGCCUCUGAGCCAACUGAAGAAGAAAAAAACUCAACUGAAAUCAAGGGAGAAAACUUGUGCAGGGCAACAAGUCAUAGAGGUCUCCCUUCCAUCCAACAAGGGAGAGGGAACCCUGAUCCCUGCUGAGAUGGGGCCAGUCUUCUACAAGAGCAACAGUGAAGGAGAAGACGACCCAAUGGAUGACAAUCUAGAGCACUGGCAUAGCAAAGCCUGUAAAUGUGAUUGUCAAAAAAAUCCAAACUCAGUGUGGCCCACUGAAACAAACAGUCUAGAUUGCAUGCCAGAGUGCCCCUAUCAUAAGCCUCUUGGUUUUGAAUCAGCAGCUGUCACUCCAGAUCAGAUAAGCUGUUCCAAUCCAGAGCAAUACACUGGGUGGUAUGCUUCAUGGAUGGCAAACAAGGCCCGACUUAACGGACAAGGAUUUGGGUGUGCCUGGCUCUCCAAAUACCAAGAUACAAACCAGUGGCUGCAGAUUGACUUGAAGGAAAUUAAAGUCAUUUCAGGAAUAAUUACACAGGGAAGAUGUGAUGCUGAUGAAUGGAUGACAAAAUAUAGUGUGCAAUACAGGACUGAUGAGAAUCUGAACUGGGUUUAUUACAAGGACCAAACAGGAAACAAUCGGAUUUUCUAUGGAAAUUCAGACAGAUCAUCAUCUGUGCAGAACCUUUUGCGCCCACCCAUUGUUUCUCGUUACAUAAGGUUGAUACCUCUUGGCUGGCAUGUGCGAAUUGCUAUCAGGAUGGAGCUGCUGGAGUGCAUGAAUAAAUGUGUUUAAACUUCAGUCAUCUGGGAAGAAACAGGUUUUUUAAAAGAAAGAUAUAACAGUAUAAUUAAUACAACAAAUAAAUUCACUGACUAUGAGUUCGGUGUCUAUUAAAAUUAUACACCUUAUCCAAUACCUCCUGUGACUUAUAUUCUCUGCAGCUUCGGGAAGUUAAUAAAAUUCUGUAUAGUAAUAAAAUAAAUCAAGAUGGAAUAAAUUGGAACCUUACACCUCAGUAAAAGGAAAGCCAUAAGAGAUAGUGCAUACAAAAGAAAUAUAGAUUUCUUAGAAGUUAACCAAAGAUGACUGCAAUGCUUUUGUAGGUUCUGGCAGACAUUAUACAACAUAUGUUCUUCAGAGCUUUAGUGUGCAUUCUCUGAAGAUAUUCCCCAUUACGUUACCAUUUCCCAAAAAUAGAGGAACAAAACGAGACUGACCAAUGUAGAUCAUUCCAUUCUUACAUGAGGAACUGUGUUAGCAUUUCAUUGCCAUGCUACACUGCCAGUAGUCCUGAUUUAGCAAUCACAACUGGGACUGGCAACUCAAUCAUUAUUCAAAACAGUAAUUAAGUGAAACCAAAACUGCUCUUAUGAUUUUGCUUCAGCUUUCCUUUACUUUACAGACCUGCAAAGGUUGUAAAUAUGAGGAUUGGUCAUGAAUUUACUUUUUAAUCAUUUUUCCAACUGUGAAUGGGUGGUAAAUGAGGUAGUCACUAUAUGAGGACUACCUGUGGUUUUUCUUAACCUGGGAAUGUCUAUAUUUUUCAAAUUCCAAUAUUUUCACUUUAUAUGGCAACUUGUUGCCCAAGGAGCAACGCUUCCCAGAAGUUCCUACAGUAAAAAAUCAUACUGUUUGGAGAGUCUUAUUUCUAUGAUUGGAUAAACCAACCAAGUGAAGACCUUCACAUGUGUUAACCCUUCCCUAAAGGUUGCAUUUUCCUUCUCUGAACAUUUUUCUUAUCAAAACAAUCUGUUGUAACCAAUUUUAAUUUUAAAAGCCUAUAAAUACACAUACAUGUACGCACCCACACACACAUACACACAAAGGGAAUUCCCUUCUGUGUAUCUUCCCACCGUGAAAGGAAUGCUAUAGAAUAUGGACCUAGGCUUUAUGCAAUUCUGUAUUGCAUAUUCAUUUAAGUUCAAUAAGAUUAUAGGAAAACAUUACUUAUAAUUUAUUAGUGGUAUUUUAAUCUUUAUACUGUGUUAUACUUCCUUUCAGAUUUCUAUUACUUUAAGUAUGACUAGAACGUCCUA